AUGGCUCAUUCUUUACUUUUCGGUUUGUCCUACACAAGUAACAUGAUAGAUGUUAUGGUUGCAAAACGUAGUAUAUUUUUCCAAUUGAUAUCCAGUGCUCAAUUUAGUGUUGAUACAUUCUUUGUUCUAAGUGGAUUUUUGACUGCAAUCUUAUUUAUUCGUCAAGUGGAAAAGGAGAAGAAACUUUCGGUUCGACUGAUGAUUCUUUAUUAUAUUCAUCGAUAUAUUCGAUUAACACCAACAUUUCUUUUGAUGGUCCUUGUCAGUAUCAAUCUAACACCGUAUUUUGGAAAUGGACCGAUGUAUCCGGUUGAGCAAGGAUUUGAAUCGAAAGGUUGUCGAACACGAUCUUGGUGGACAUCGAUUCUUUAUUUGGGCAAUCUAGUACGACCUGAUGAGAUGUGUCUGAAUAUUGCGUGGUAUCUUCAUAAUGAUAUGCAAUUUCAUUGGAUAGCACCAUUAACGUUAAUUCCAUUUGUUCGUGGACAAAAGCUUCUAUCAUUUUUAAUUCCCAUCGCUUUUAUCUUCAUUACGAUGAUCACAACUUUGUCGAUUCUUCUGUAUUAUCCGAAUAUGUCACUCAAUGAGCCAACUGGUAGAGCACAUAAUGAUGGACCGAGUUUUUAUAGCACCAUUUAUAUUAAGCCCUGGUGCCGUAUAUCUGCAUAUGCUAUUGGACUUCUCACUGGAUACAUUACUGUCAUAACCGGUCGGCAAUAUCAAAUGAAGAAACGUUUUCAACUGCUCGGAACCAUUAUCAGUCUCGGGUUUAUUUGUGUGUGUCUGUUUGCGUCUUAUCCUGACAGCAUUCGUGUACCUGGCCUAAGUCGAUCCGAAAGUAUUACAUAUGUGACUUUCUCACGGACCCUCUGGUCGAUUGCUAUCGGUUGGUUGUUAUUUCUAUGUAGUACAGAUCAAGGUGGAGUAGUGAAUAAAAUUCUUUCUUGGCCUAUUUGGAUUCCAUUUGCACGACUUAAUUAUUCAUGUUAUUUGGUUCAUACGACAAUUAUUUAUAUGAUGAUAUUCAAUCAGACUCAGCCUUUCUAUUAUCAAGGAUAUCUUUUUGUGAACAAUUUUAUUGCGCAGAUAUUUCUCAGUUAUUUUGCAGCUAUUUUUAUAUCGACAUUUUUUGAAACACCAUUUUUUAUUAUCGAGAAGAAAUUGUUCAAACGUUAA